AUGAAUUCUAAUAAUAAUUCCCCCCAAAGAAAAUAUGAUAAUUAUAACUAUGGUUAUCAAUAUAACCACAAUAAUAAUUACCAAUAUAAUCAAGAUAACUACUGGUAUAACAAUCAUUAUAAUAAUAAUAAUCAAUAUCAAUAUCAAUAUCAAUAUCAAUAUCAAAACUACAACGAUCAACAUGGUCAAUAUUCUCAAGAUAAUUCAUGGUAUGAUCCAAUUCCACCAAGUCCAUUCUUCUUUGAAAAUAACCACUAUCAAAAUGAUAUCAAUUAUAAUAGAAAUCAAAUGAUUCAAACUUUUAAAGGUUUAUUUUUAAAUCCAAAAGGAAAUCAACAACCCUUUCCUCCCAAUACUAUAAACAAAAUGUAUAACCAUAACAAUCACCAUCACCAUCACCAUCACCAACAACAACAACAAAACAAUCAAUAUGAAGAAAAUAUUUAUAAACAAGACCAUGAACACAUUGAAAAUGAAAAUGAAAAUGAAAAUGAAAAUGAAAAUGAAAAUGAAAAUGAAAAUGAAAAUGAAGAAACUUUAUUUGAAGAAGAGAACCAAGAAUACUGUGAAGAGUAUGAAAAUGAUUAUAUUGAUCAUUCUGAAAACUAUCAUGAUUAUUAUAACCAUGAUGAUGAUGAUUAUGAUUAUGAUUAUGAUGGUGAUGGCGAUGGUGAUGGUGAUGGUUAUUAUAACAACUACUAUGAUGAAAAUGAAAAUGAAAAUGAAAAUGAAAAUGAAAAUGAAAAUGAAAAUGAAAAUGAAAAUGAAAAUGAAAAUGAAGAAUAUGAUAUAAUCAAAGAAGAUAAAAUAAUAAUUAAUGAUACAAUAAAAAAGAUAAUAAAACAAAGCCAAUUAAAUAUUAAACCUCAAAAAAGACAAUCUAUCAUAAAUCAAAUUAGUGAUAUUGACUAUAAUUAUAAUAUUGAUCAUUUCAAUGAAGAAACUAAUAAUAAUAAUUGUGAUAGGGAUUAUAUAAACAUUAUUGAAAAUAUUAAAAAAAUCUAA